GCAUCAUCUGGAUCACACACUCCUCAACAGUCUCUCGCUUCAUCUUACCCAAUAAGCUAUCAUCAUGGCCUCCUUUUUGCUCAUGCUUGCCGCGGCCGCGUCCAUGGUCACGGGCUGCGAGAUCCCGACUGAAGAGCUUCCCAACAGCAUCGCCGAGGAGUUCGCCAUCCAGGUCCAGAACCCCGCCUUCCCCGAGAUCCACAACCGUCUCUACAACAUCUGGUCGUCUGGCGGCGGCGACCAGCACCCCUUCCUCUCGCCCGCCGGCAACUCCACCGAUGAGCUGACUCUGGUCGACGGCGUCAUCACCAUGGCCACCGUCGUCCCGACCAUCCGUGCCGUCAUCAACGGCGAGUACACCGAGACGGACAACACCACCAAGCUGUUCAUGACGGAGCGCGGAGACCCGCGUGCCAUCUUCCACCCCAUUUACAGCUGCAACCCCGACACCGACGAGCUCCAGACCGAGCUCGCUUUCGUGGCCCGCGCCCUCGAGGGCGAGGCACCGGGCGGCCACAUUUGCGUGCGCUCCGCCUCGGGCGAGAGGCACGAGUUCCGGUGGUCGCCGGCCGGAAACCCCACCGAGGACCCUGAGCGCCCCUGCAUGCCCGUGAACCUGGUCGUCUACCGCUCUUAGGGGGGCAGUGACUUGGGUCACAGUGCAUCAAGAUUAGGAUGCCGAGGAGGUGGGGAGGCUGGAUGUCAUCAAUUGGUCAGAUGUGCUGCAAUUAUUGAGUUGCAGAUGAAUAAUAUGGAUAGGUCGAUAGGCGAAUAUCUUUAAUGGGCA